AUGGCGGGCAAGGAGGUCUCCCGCUCGAUCCAGGGGAUGGACAAAGGGGAAAGGAAUUCUAAUGCAAGGAGGUCUCCCGCUCGAUCCAGGGGAUGGAUGGGGAAAGGAAUGCGGCAAGGAGGUCCUCCCCCACUCGAUCCAGGAUCAAGGGAGAUGGCGGAAAUAACAAGAGGGGUCUGCCGGGGAGGAGGUCUCCCGCUCGAUCCAGGGAUGGAUCAGGGGAAAGGAAUGCGGGCAAGGGAGGUCUCCCCGUCGAUCCAGGGGAUGGGAUCGGGCAAGGAUGUCUCCCUCGAUCCAGGGGAUGGAUCAGGGAAAGAAUGCCUCUCCCGCUCGAUCCAGGGGAUGGAUCGGGAAAGGAAUGCGGGCAAGGAGGUCUCCCGCUCGAUCCAGGGGAUGGAUCGGGGAAAGGAAUGCGGGCAAGGUUGGUCUCCCACUGUCUCCCAGGGAAUCUGGAUCAGGGAAGGAAUGCGGGCAAGGAGGUCUCCCACUCGAUCCAGGGGAUGGAUCAGGGAAAGGAAUGCGGGCAAGGAGGUCUCCCACUCGAUCCAGGGGAUGGAUUGGGGAAAGGAAUGCGGCAAGGAGGUCUCCCCACCUCGAUUCCCAGGGGAUGGAUGGGAAAGGAAUGCGGGCAAGGAGGUCACUCGAUCCAGGGGAUGGAUCAGGGAAAAGGAAUGCUGGCAAGGAGGUCUCCACUCGAUCCAGGGGAUGGAUCAAAGGAAAGGAAUGCGGCAGGUGGUCUCCCGCUUGAUCCAGGGGAUGGAUUCAGGGAAAGGAAUGCUGGCAAGGAGGUCUCCCACUCGUCCAGGGGAUGGAUUGGGGAAAGGAAUGCGGGCAAGGUCUCCCCACUUGAUCCAGGGGAUAUUCAGGGGAAAGGAAUGCGGCAAGAGGUCUCCCACUCGAUCCCGGGGUGGAUUCUCGCCCUCGUCAGAUCCAGGGGAUGAUUGGGGAAAGGAAUGCGGGCAAGGAGGUCCUCCCACUUGA